AAAAAUCACGGAAGGAUUGUUAAAUUCUGCACAUAGUCACAGAAUCACAGUAAUCUACAGCAGCAGUUUAGAUGUUUUUGCAUACCGAUUUGUGAAUUCUCCUCCAACCACUAAUUGAUAUGCAUUUAUCACACCUGCAUGAUCACUGAGGCUUAACCAUCAUCAGUGUCUCAUAACUUACUAAAGGCAGAGCCAAAUCCCAUCAGUACCAGUUCAGACUGGUAAACAGUAACUACAGCAAUGAAACGCUGUCUUGCUUUUCUGUGUAUCCUGGGAACCUUUCUGCAUGCUUUGACUCAAUGCACUUUUCUAGCCUCAGAGUUUCAGCUGGAUGGAGAUUUUUUGAUAGGUGGGCUUUUUAAUAUUCAUCAUGUCAGUACCUCAUUCUAUCAUAACAGACCAGAAGCCCUUGACUGUUCCAGUCGACCCUUCAUAAUGUCAGGUUAUCAGACGUUCCAGUUGAUGAGAUUCGCUGUAGAGCAAAUUAAUAAUUCUACCAACCUCCUGCCAAAUGUGUCUCUUGGCUAUGAGAUAUUUGACUACUGCACAGAUACACACAAUUUUCCAGGGGUUUUGAAACUCAUGUCUGCCGAUGGCUUGAUCCAUCCUUGGGGUGAACAAUACAAGCAACAAACACACAAAUCCAAAGUGAUUGCAGUGGUUGGCCCUUAUUCAAGCACUUGGGUCCUGACUGUAGCACCCCUGUUCAUGAUGGAUCUCAUUCCUAUGGUUAGUUAUGGAUCUGCUGGUUCUGUCUUUUCAAAAAAAGAGAAAUUCCCCUCUUUCUUGCGAACAAUGUAUUCCAAUAAAAACACCAUAGAAGUGAUUGUUAAAAUUUUGCAGUACUUCAACUGGCGCUGGGUUGCUUUCCUGAACAGUGAUAACGAUUAUGGAAAUGAUGGACAAGACUUGUUCAUAAACACGAUAAAGGAUACGGAAAUAUGCCUGGGAUACACCCAAAGUCUUAACGACAAUGCAGAUUACUCUCAAAUAUUCAAACAAAUAAAGGCACAAAAGAUAGGUGUCAUUAUUGUUUUUGGUGCUGAAUGGACUGCUGAAGCUGUCAUUAAGUCAGCAAUACAACUGAAUAUCACAAACAAGGUGUGGAUCGGAGGAAUUGCAUGGUCCUUAAACAAGAAGCUCCCCAAAGAGAAAGGAAUCAAAAAUAUUGGAACUGUACUUGGGGUGUCUCAGCCAGUAGUGACAAUACCUGGAUUUAGUGAUUUUGUCUAUUCUGCAAAAAGCCAGAAUCAUUGUGAAAAUUCACAAAAACAGAAGUUUUGCAAUCAGGUUUGCAACUGCAGUAGCCUGAGUCCAGAUGAUGUCAUUGCUGCAGACCCACAUCUCGCUUUUCCUGUGUAUUCUGCUAUAUAUGCCAUCGCUUAUGCCUUACAUAAUACUUUGCAAUGCGGAGCUGGCAGAUGUGAUGGCAAUAUUACAGUGUACCCACACAUGGUGCUGGAAGAGCUGAAGAAGUCAAACUUUACACUUUUAAACACAAGGAUUGAGUUUGAUGAGAACGGUGACCUAAAGUACAAAAACUAUUCUAUAGUUUUCUGGAACAAUAGUGGUGAUGCUGAGGAGGUCGGCUUUUACAAACUUGACCCAUCAGUUCAUUUCUUCAUCAACAACAGUAACAUUCAGUGGCACAUGAAAGGAGAGGUGCCUACUUCACUGUGUUCCCCAGAAUGUCCUGUAGGAUAUGCAAAAAAGCACAAUGGAGUCCACAAAUGCUGCUUCGAUUGUAAGAUCUGUCCAAAUGGUACUUACAUCAACAGUACAGAGGAUCCCUACAAAUGCAUCCCCUGUAAGGACACAGAAUGGUCUGCAGUAGGAAGUACAUCAUGCAGUCUGCGGGUGGUGGAGUACAUCCCAUUCACAGACAGUGGGGCUAUCCUGAUCAUGGUUGGGACCUGGGCCUUGGUGGGUCUCACACUAGCCAUGUCUGUUCUCUUUGCCAUCAACUACAACACACCUGUUGUCAGAUCUGCUGGGGGACCAAUGUGCUUCCUAAUUUUAGGCUGCCUCAGUCUGUGCAGUCUUAGUGUGUUCUUUUACUUUGGUACUCCAACAAUUUCCUUUUGUAUCUUUAGGCUCCUACCAUUUCUUUUGUUCUACACUGUUUGUCUGGCAUGUUUUGUUGUUCGUUCUUUUCAAAUUGUUUGCAUUUUUAAAAUAGCUGCCAAGUUCCCCAAGCUCCACAGUUGGUGGAUGAAAUAUCAUGGACAAUGGCUGGUCAUCACUGUGGCAUUUGUAAUUCAGGCACUCUUACUUGUUAUUAGCUAUUCUUGUGCCCCACCCAAGCCCUACAAUGAAACAGUUUGGUAUCCAGACAAAAUCAUACUUGGCUGUGACAUUAAUCUUUAUGCAGCCUCUAGUUCUGUGGUUUUACUUACUGCUUUGUCCUCCCUUUGCUUUAUUUUCUCCUACAUGGGAAAAGACCUCCCAAAAAAUUACAAUGAGGCCAAAGCAAUAACCUUCUGCCUGCUGCUGCUGAUCCUCACCUGGAUCAUUUUUGCCACUGUAUAUGUACUUUACCGUGGAAAGUAUAUCCCAACACUAAAUGCUCUGGCAGUGCUCUCCAGUCUCUACUCGUUUCUGUUGUGGUACUUCCUCCCAAAAUGUUACAUCAUCAUUUUUCAACCCCACAAAAACACACAGCAGUACUUCCAAGGUCUCAUUCAGAAUUAUACCAAAACAAUUAGCCAAUAG